UUUCUCUGCAUUCUGUAUCGUUCUGUCGAUGAUUUCGGCUGUUCGGGGUGUAAUGUUUUGCUGCUGUGAAAAAUAACAAUAAGGUGCGUGUUAGCAAGUGGACAGCACCUAAUUGUGAUGUGAUCAAGUGAAAAUUACUCGAAAACCGGAAAAUGACUAAUAUUGCGUCUCGUGAAUAACUACUUUUCGGAUCAACGAUGGAUUCGAAGAAGGAUAUCUACAAUUUGUGGGUGCAAUACACGACAAAGAAUGAAGAGAUUUACUUCCGACAGUUCAUCCAAGGGUUUGUCCACAUCUGGCAGAAACAACUUUUGCUGGAGUUCGACAAUGUUCCACACUGGGAAACAAUUUCCCCGGAUUCUGGACCACACCUGAAUCGACUCCCGGAUGAGCUGCUACCAGCUAUCGAAAAAUUCUUAAUAAUUGCACGGGAUAAAUUUGAAAAGGGGUCUAGCAUUGAUGCAAAUGAUGAACAGGAAGAUGAAACAGUGCUGGAAAUUCAAUUGUUGAUCCAAUGUUUGACAAUAAUUUGUCGCCACUUCGACAACAUUGCAACAAUCAUAAAGUCGAGCUAUAUAUCAAGCUGUGUAGUAAUUUCGAAUGCUAUUAUAAAUAAGUUAAGUCAUCAAACAGCAUUGAGUACUGCACAACAGCAGUUCAUUAAAUGUUUCAGCAACUUUCUCGAGGUUUUAUAUGAUCCUUAUUUCACAUGGAGGAACUUUCUGCGUGGCGAUGUAGCUGAUUACUCCAGGCUUAGCUAUAAGAUAACGCCGCUGCAUGCCGAGAUUGUGCCAUUCAUCUACGAUUGCUUCCAGUCGAAAAACGCGUGCAAUUACCCGGAGAUUGGGAAAGAUUUUUUUCACGUUUUAGGGGCAGUGAUUUCUGGAUCACAGGUUGCUUUAGAACCUGUUGCCAAACAAAACAUUAACUCCUACUAUCUAAACAAUUCCACUGGUGAAGGAAUAGAAAAUGUGCACAAUGGAUUGCGUGCCAUAAGCCCUGCGACUGUUACCAUUAUAAUGGAUAUUGUUUCCAAAUGGGAAAGUGACGCUAGCUUACGACAGCUCGUACUUCAAUGUUUCACUUUAAUGGCAAUCAUAUUGCAAAAGUCUAGUCCAGAACAGCGCCAAAUUGAUUUACUUACCAUUUUCCAACUGUACGUGGGAGCUAUCUUGACUCUUUUGGAAACCGAGCACUUUCUCCAGAAAAUAUCACCAACUGAAAGCUUCGAGCUGUCGCAAAGCGAUAAUAAUUACGUCGAUGUCUGGGCACUGAAUGCAAUAGUCGGAACGAUAGAGCACUUCCUACCAGAUUACGUCAACAAGCAAGUGUUAUGCAAUGCUAUAUUUGAGGCAAAAUUUCUACCCACUUUAGUGCAGAUACCGGAGCGCGUUAAGUCAUGGAACAUCGAUCAACAACCUGUUGGUUCAACGUUGGUGAGAAGUUUUCAUAAAUUAUGCAGCAGCUCCGAAAAGAUCCAGUACAAUCUGAUGCAUACUAACAACAUCAACAUACUUUUUGACGGCCUGAAACAGUUUGGAAAACCUUCGCACGACUUGAUUUGCGAUUGCUUAUACUUUGCCUUCGAUGGCGGUGACAAUCGAAAUCUGAAUGCUAGAAUUGUCUCAAAACUGAUCGAAUGGAUUCCGACCAUGGGAGAGACGGAACAGAACUAUCUCAGCGAUGUGUUGUUGAAAAAGUGCACCGCAAGUUUGCAAAGUAAACAUUCUAUUUGCGAACAACGAAUGAUCAAACGAAUCGUGCUUUGCUGUCUGGAGGAUCAAAAUCGAUUGUCUGCCAAAUGCUCGAUUACUUUACUAAAAUUGAUAGAGGAACUCGCCAAAUAUAGCAUACUUCCGAUCGAGCUCAAGUGCUUGUUCCGACUACUAAGGAGUGAGCUCAAUUUCGAAUACAGGAAACAUUUGGUAGAGGUUAUUCUGCGUGUGUCCCAGUAUCGAUUGACACUAGGAACAAGUCCCAGGGAAUAUUUGGAUAUACAGAGCAACACGAACGGGAUCACAAUUCCCGAAAUUCGCAAAUGGGACACUGCCCAUGGUUUCGUCUUCCAUGCCUGGAUUCGAUUGGAUAAAGAUAUUGAACUGUUCAGCGAUGACGUAGAAGUGAACUUACAAAAUUAUCGCAGACAUCUGUUCAGUUUGACUACUAACUUCGGUACCGGCUACGAGUUCUUUAUCCAGAAGAAUGGUAACUUUGUGGUAAGUGUUAUUACCAAGAAGGAGUUUUUCACGGCAACAGUUCAAUCGACACACUUGUUAGACGGUCGUUGGCAUUCGAUCACAGUCGGUGUGAUUCCUCCGAAGAGAUUGUUCUCGUAUCAUCAGAUUAAUGUUUACAUAGAUUCGGUGCAGAAGCUGGGAUCUACAAUGAAGUAUCCUGCGUUUGCAGAGCUAUUUCACUACUGUGCUAUCGGGGCACCUUACAACAACGUUCGGAAAGCAUCGCACACUUCUCAUCAAUCCAACUUCGCCCGGAUGGGUAGUACUUCAUCGGAAACAACACCUCCGCCAGUGGAAAAGGAGGAGAAAGUCAGAGAAGGUCUCUUUCCCAAUUUGAUUCAGCGAUCAUUUUUUCCUGGGAUAGUUUCACAGGUUCCAAGUUAUUUCACUCUUCCGGCUCGUCCAUCGCAAUCCUCGCUAGAUCCAAGUGUGAAAUCCUAUCCGAUCGGGAUGCAAGAUCUGGUAUUCGGUGAAGCUAUUUGCCUUAAAGGCCAACUGGACAGUAUUCUGCUGGCGGAUACAAACAUAAAUUUGAAAAGCUUGUUCGAGGCAGGUCCCAGUAUCGCAAGUGUUCUUGCUACGGAUAUGAUCGAAUCUUUCGACAUGGCUUCCAAGUUCGUAUUUUGCUUCUCGCCUCGUGCGUGCUACGAUGGACUAUGUCUCGAUCUUGCACCUGGAAACCAAUACAACGGGCAUGUGGUGGCCAAUGUAUCCAAUAUACUAUCGGUGCAAAAUGCACUUAAUGGUGUCGGAGGAAUGAUGUCACUGUUACCAAUUCUCGACUAUAUCAGUCAGAUACCAGCGUCGGAUAUUCCCAGCUCAGAUGAACUGAUAUCACUGACUCCAGUUGCGUCGCCAACCCGAGAGGACAAUUUCGGUGAUUGGGAGAUGCUACAAUCUAAUUCCCUUACCGAAUCCAAAAUAAUUCAAAAUCCAAUCGCUUGUUUCAUAUGCUUGAUUAGAAAUUUCAUCCACGGUAAUGACCUCAACAAAGAAAGUAUACUGAAGAAUGAAGCCAUUUCGAUUAUCAGCCAACUGCUGCAGAAUUGUAAUGAAGCACUGUUCGACGUGAAUGUAUUGAUGGCUGCCCAGCUACUGAUCGAAUCGAUUCAAAACGAGAUGCCAUCUGCUAAUACGGAGUUGCUACAUGUGCUGUACAAAGAUCUGGUGUUUAACUUUCGCAUUUGGGCUAGAGCUCCGUUUCAGAUUGUCAUUGGUCAUAUUCAGUAUAUAAGCGCUAUCAUCAAAGAUGACAGGAAAUAUUUUCGGAAACACUUUGGAUCGCAGUUCAUGCUUGAUGUUAUACAGGAAUUUUUUGCUGGCACUUGCACUCUUUCCGCACAAGAUGCAAAAAUGGUGCGCGAUUCACUGCUCAGAAUUCUUCGUUAUUAUAUUCAAAAAGAGGUCAACAUUAAAGAGAUCUCUGCCUUGCUUACAUUCCUGACCACAAUCAAAGUGGAGCCGGUGGUGGUGGAAAUUCUCGAGAUGCUCACGUCACUGAUUGAGAGCAAGCACGCAAAGGAUCAAAUAUUUUUGUUGAUGUACGAGCCGAAUAUGGCGGAAGCUUUGUACACGCUGUUUAUUGAUCGCCACUUUGGCUGCGAAGUUCACAAGCGAUUGUUGAAAUUCAUCGGAUGUAUGUUGAACACUAAGCGUAUCUCUAGUAAACAUAAAGCUGCCUUACGUCUGUAUGACAGUUCCAUCGAAUGCAACAGUUUGUAUCCUGGGUUGUUCUCCUUCAUGAUACCGUUCGAUUUGCAGUCGGAAGUAAUACUGGGUUUGCUUGACCUGAAUCUGAGUCAGGAUACCGAGAUGGGUUAUGCUGGAGCGUUAUGCCUAAUCUAUCAUGCAAAUUUAUCCAGUCUAACGCUGAAAUUGGAGAUUGCCAGACGACUUAUGACGAGUACCUUCACGAAAUCUAAAGCACCUCAGAUGAUCGCUAGACAGGUUGGCUGGCAAGAAUCGAUUGCACGGUUGCUUAUUAAGAAGCCCAUUGAAAAUCGCUCCCUUUCGGAGAAAGAAAAAGAGAAGGGUAAAAUAUUGACCGACAUAGAAGAAUUUGUUAAACGAGAGAGUGAAUCAUCUGCCGGAGGAGCUCAAAACGAUUUGAUGAUAUUCGAUGAUGAAACCAUGGAGCUGAAGGCACCGGAAACACCAAAGCAUUCAAACUCAUUUAUGACGGAUGCAGCAUCCGCGCUUGAACAUGAGUUCAAAGGUCUUGCAGAUAGUGUACAGGAGGUUGUGAAAGACAAUAUUGCUUCGUCGAUAACGUCAGUAUACUCGGCUAUUCGGCAAAAGACAUCGGAUAUUCAAGACACUCUUGAAUCAUUGACUCUUAGCUUUGAAGACGCAUCAGGGCGCAAGAAAAGUACGUUAUCAUUAUCGAGCAGUAGUGAGGAGAACAUUUCACUUGACGAGUCUCUAGCUGUGUCGUCGGUGCGUGAUGACACACAUUCUACCAAAAGUGCGGAUGAUUUGGAUAGUGUUGCUGCCGGAGAUGCUAGUUCGAAAUGUGCGGAGGACAACGACGAAGAGAAUCUUGUUUAUUUAGUGUCGAAUAUUUUGUUCACCAUUCUGUGGCGCGGAGUGGAAAACUCUAAUGAUUCCUGGAAAGAGCGAGGGCAGGUGAUGGCGUGUAUAAAUCUGAUUGCGUUGAACAAUGAGUUGUACUGUUCUCAUUUAAGUUUGAGAUUGCGUAUUUUAGAAAUGGGAGUUCAAGCGGCACUUAUUGAUUUAAGUGAAAAUGCACAGCUUGUGAUUACCCACCAACAGAAUGCUGCUCAACUUUUAAGACUCGCCUAUGAUUUGGUGGUGCUCGAUCCGAACGAAGACGAUACAAAAAAGUGUUCGACAAAACUACUGGAUGGUGUUUUAUCAUUGUUAGACAUUCUAAUGGUGUUUCAACAGAGCAGUUCUGACGAUUGGACUGAAAUGUCGCACUUGUGCUUAGGAUUACUGUUGAAGUGUUCUAAUAACCCUAAUUCAGGAAUCGUAGCGAUGGCAACGGCCAAGUUACAUGCAUUGCUACAAAAUCGCGUUAAUCAAGAACCGUCGGAAGCUGGUUAUCUUCUCUAUAGUUUGAAUCAAGCCAUUAGCAGUGCAAUUGAAGUCGGUGAUUCGGAACAGUAUUCUUUUUUAAUUCCUGUGCUUAAAGCAUUGCUGGAGAAGUCUCGCCUGGUGAUCGGGCUAACGACCAGUGCACCCGAUUUGCCGGCGACAUCAUCGGGGCCGGUCUUCUUCCAGGAUUUCCAGAUGUAUUGUACUAGCAAGCAGUGGACCAGUUUCAUCGAGAAGAAGAUCAAACCUCUGUACACAUCGUACCAAAGAGAUUUAUCCAAUACGCUGUGGGAACCGUUGAACACUUUUUGGGCCGAGUGCUACGAGUCGUGCAAAUUUUCGUCCCAGCGCCGUGCCAAGCUACAGAUGGAGAGUCGACGGAAGUUCCAGGAAAGAAUAUUGAUCCCCUGUCGAAUACGACAAUCGGAGGAGCUCGCUCGCGUUAAUGUGCAGCAAACGCAGCGGAGAGCUAAAGAUGCACACGUCGACCGAAGAUGGCAAAUAUUGAAACGGUUCCUGUACGGACCCAAAGGAGCAUGGAGCAAACUUUCUACCGAGGAAGAGUUCUGGCGUCUAUCGCAUCACGAAAAUGGUGUUCGGAUGCGAUUGAAAUUGGAGCCGGAUUUCAACCAUGAUCCCCAUACGGCCGCUUCCAAUAUGCGUGACAACACGACGAGUCACUCUCAGAGCUGCCGUCUUUCUACCGAGCUAGGCUCAACUUUUGCCCCAGCUGCCGUGGGCGAUGAAAAUGUCGAUGAGGACAUUCUGUUGCUUGAAGAAGAAAUGCGCAACAGCUUGGAACCGCAAGUACCCGAAACAUCUGGUAAGGAGAAAAUUGUCAUAUCCCAGGAAUGCGAACUUAUCACUUUAAUGACGAGAGUCAAGGGAAGACUUGAUUUGACGACAAAUCAGAUAAUGUUUUCCGAAAUUGGACCGAUUCGUGAUGAUGGUCAACGAAACGAUUUCAAAUUUCCAAUAGGACAGUUGCGAGAACUACACCUGCGGAAGUUCAACCUACGCCGUAGUGCUUUGGAAAUGUUUCUCGUCGAUCAGACGAGUUAUUUCCUAAACUUUACUACGAAAACUCGAAACAAAAUAUUCACAAAAAUUCUUAGUCUACAACCUCCAAACAUUCUUUAUGGAUCAGGGCGAUCGCCGGCAGAAUUGUUACGAUCUUCUGGACUGACGCAAAAGUGGGUCAACCGAGAAAUAUCAAACUUUGAAUACCUGAUGCACCUGAACACUAUCGCCGGCAGGUCGUACAACGAUCUCAGUCAGUAUCCAGUUUUCCCUUGGAUAUUGGCAGAUUAUACCAGUGACAUUUUGGAUCUAAACGAUCCGAAAUCUUUCAGGGAUCUUAGUAAACCGAUAGGAGUAGUAAAUCCGAAAAAUGAAGCUGAGGUCAGAAGUAAAUUUGAGUCUUUUGAAGAUCCGUCCGGAAUGAUACCUAAAUUUCAUUUUGGUACUCAUUAUUCCAAUUCUGCGGGUGUCUUACACUAUCUAAUACGAGUAGAGCCCUUCACAUCAUUGCAUAUUGAGCUACAAAGUGGUCGAUUCGAUGUAGCGGAUAGACAGUUCCAUUCCAUUCCUCAAACUUGGAAGCUUCUCAUGGAUAACCCGAAUGAUGUGAAAGAACUUAUACCGGAGUUCUUCUACUUCCCCGAAUUUUUGAAAAAUUUGAAUAAGUUUGACCUCGGUAUACUACAGACUACGAAAGAACGGGUGGAUGACGUUGUUUUACCACCAUGGGCAAAGUCAUCCGAAGAUUUCAUUGCAAUCCACAGAAGAGCCUUGGAGUCUGAGCAUGUUUCACAGAAUCUUCAUCACUGGAUCGAUCUUAUAUUUGGAUAUAAGCAAAAAGGACCCAAAGCUGUUGAAGCACUCAAUGUGUUCUAUUACUGUUCCUAUGAAGGGGCCGUAGAUUUGGAUAAGAUUACCAAUCCGAUUGAGCGGGAAGCAGUAGAAGGCAUGAUCAACAACUUCGGACAAACGCCUUCACAACUUCUACGAGAACCACAUCCGCGAAGGUUGUCGCAGGAUGAUCUGACGAUGAAACUACUCAAAUUGGAACUGAAAAAGCCUGACUUGACGCUGAUUCUUGAUCGUGUCAAUUGCAUCAAUUGUGAACUAUCGUUUGACAAAGAUCCGGUAAUUUAUCUCAGCACACCACGUAGUCCUCCGCGAUCCUUUUUGCAGACUAGUCCCGAUAUGUUGAUAUCGGUUACAAAAAGCGGUAUACUCGGAUGCAACAGCUGGCUGUCGUUUGACAAAGAGAAAGGAUUUCUUCUGGAAAUCGAUGCAACUACCUCCAACCUCAAAAACCGCAAAAAACUGAUAGGCCCAUUCCACCCUUCAAUCAAUUUGAAUUCAAAUCUUUUUGCGGUCAGUGUCGAUGGCAAAUAUUUGUAUGCUGGUGGCAUUUGGGACAAUUCGGUUCGUAUAUUUAAUAUGGCGCGCGGAAAGGUAGUAGCCUCGGCGGUCCAUCAUUUCGAUGUGGUAACUUGUGUAGCUCUGGACAGCUGUGGGUCGUACCUAGUAACCGGAUCGAAAGACAGUACAUGUGUUAUUUGGUCGAUCAGUAAUGGUAGUACGACUGGUGCGGCCAGUGCUUCCAAUCUUCAACCAAACACAGCGGCAUUGAAUCAGAAUUUAGCCGGGAAUGUGGUGGGAAGUUCCAACGUAAUGCAUCUCACCAACAAUCUAACUCCGAAACCAGUUCACACAUUGUACGGACACGAUGAUGCCGUUUCCUGUGUGUCCAUCAUGACCGAACUGGACGUCGUCGUUUCGGGUUCAUUGGACGGAACUGUUAAUGUGUACACGAUAAAAGAGGGUCAAUUUAUGAGGACAAUAAAUCCGAUUGGAUGUACGGGUAUGAAUAUAGAAAUCUCCUUUAUCACACUUUCCUACCAAGGUCACAUAGCAUUUUCUGCUCUUGACGAUACCUCCCAUUCUGUCCAUGUGUUCAGUAUUAAUGGCGUUAGUUUAGGCUCAAAGUACGUAUCUGGUCGUGUGACAGGGUUGACAACGGCAACCGAUUAUCUGGUAGUAUCCGACGACGCAGGAGACCUCACGAUGAGUCGUUUGUAUGGAUUGAAACCCAUAUUCGACAUUCCACUGCAUAUUCCAACGCAAACAAUCGUCGCAACUGGUGGCAAUACCCACUUGCUGGCACCACUUCGUGAUGGGAGUUUGGCUGUGAUUGGUAUCAUGCAGCCAAUUGCGUACAAAAAGCAUAGUGUGCUAAAUGUGUGAUUCAAUUUUGUGGAGUUUUCAAAACUACUGACGCACCAGUUAGUCUCGUCAAUUAAUGUAUUUCUUAGUUUGAUAACAAAUCGUGGUCUUCAUAGUGUAAACCCAUUCGUCACUGCGAAACUGGUCUAGUAAACAAAACUGCAUGAGAACUUAAACACGCUAACCUCAUGUUAAAUUCAUAACACCACAGGUGAGUAAUCUAGUAAAGCAAGCUUCCCGUAACUCUAGUUUAUACAGCUAAACCUCUUAUGGCGAAUGAGUUCAAAAAUCAAGUGCAGAGAUCGAUGUGUUAGAUUAGGUGUGUUUUUAGAAAAAAUUGUUAUUUCUAAUAUAUGUUGUUAAUUUAUGACCAUUUAAAGUAAAUAAUAUUUAAUACAGCAAUCUAUAUACAACUA